AUGAUUGUAAAAGAAUACUAUCCCUUCAGUAUUGUUGAAGAUAGGGAGUUUGUAAAACUUUUAAAUUUAUUAAAUCCCGGUUAUACACUUCCGUCGAGAAAAACGUUGUCGAAAUCAUUAUUACCUAUAAUGUACAAUGAAAUAUAUGAUAAAGUGAAACAAGACAUAAAAGACCAUGCAAAAUAUGUAAGCAUUACCACAGAUAGUUGGACUUCUAUUAAAAAUGAAAAUUAUAUUGCUGUCACAUGCCAUUUUAUUAAUAAUGAAUGUGAAUUAAAAUCCUAUCUUCUCUCUUGUUUCAAAAAUUCGGAAUCACACUCUUCAGAAAAUUUGAAAAAUGAUUUAUUGGCGGUCAUAAAGAAAUGGGGCUUGGAAAAUAACAUUGUAGCAUGUACAACUGACAAUGCACAUAAUAUUGUUAAUGCUGUCAGUUUAUGUGGUUGGAGGCAUGUAGGUUGCUUUGCACACAGUUUAAAUUUGGCAGUACAAACUGCCCUUAAGUCAAUAUCUGAAACAAGAGAUAAAGUUAGAGGAAUUGUUGGACAUUUUAAGAGAAGUCCACAGGYAGCUGAAAAACUUAGAGCUAUGCAAGAGCAAUUGGGCUUAACACCACCUUUAAUGCUCAUCCAGGACGUCGUUACACGUUGGAACUCAACGUAUGAGAUGUUUCAGCGUAUUCAGAACCUUAAAGUUCCUCUUUCUUCAGUAUUAGUAGAGUGUAAUUAUAAUGUUUACUUGACCAAUGAAGACUGGCACAUUAUUUCCAAGUCCUGUGAAGUAUUAAAAUAUUUUAAGGAAAUUACAGUUGAAAUAAGUAGUGAAAAAUCGGUUUCUAUUUCAAAAUCUGUUGUAUUUAGUCGAGCACUUAUCAAACAUUGUACAUACUUGGAUACACAGUUUUAUGAUUCACAACAAUUAACUGAUAUGAUAUCCACAUUAAAACAACAAGUAGAACAGAGAUUUGGGUCAAUUGAAAAAAUACAAAUUUAUGCAGAAGCUACAAUACUUGAUCCUAGAUUUAAAAAAUAUGGAUUCUUAAAUAAUAGUUCAUUUACAGAAUCAAAAAAAACAAUUAUUAAUAAAGCUACUACCAUACAUAUUGGAAUGAAAAAUACAAUGCAGCCAUCGAUACAAAAUCAAUCUGUGACGUUAGGUGGAGAUUCUAUUUGGAAUGACUUUGAUGAAGAGGUAAACAGUAAACUUAUAUCCACAAAUCCAACAUCCGCAGCUAUUGUUGAAGUUGAUAAAUACUUACAAGAAGGGUUAAUUCCAAGGCAUGAAAAUCCUCUAAAGUGGUGGAAAGACAAUCGAAAUAUUUAUUCGUGUUUGUUUGAGGUUAUGAAAAAACGUCUCUGUGUACUCGCAACAUCAGUUCCAUGUGAACGUAUAUUUUCAAAGGCAGGACAAACUAUUUCAGAAAAAAGAA